AUGGCGCGGUGCGGUGGUGGUAGCGGGACGAGAGCGGCGGCCGUGCGCGUGCGGCUCUCACCGUCUUAUCUCUCGCGACCUCCGCCGGACGCGCACGUUCGCCGCGCUCCGCCUUGUCCGCGCCCGCGCCGCAUUCGCGCUAUGUCGCCCUACCGUCGGUUCAUUUAUGUGAUUGUAAACUUGUACGAUUAUAGCUCUAAAAGUGUAGGCCGUAGCCCGAAAAUGAGCCAGUGA